AAGGUGUCAAAGAUUCUCAAAAGCCAAAAUUCUUGAACAUGGUAGAAAUAAGCUUAGAACGAGCUUAAGAAUCCAUUGUGAAUCAACAACAGGAAUUGAAAGCUUUCAAUGAAACAAAAUCAGGACAGGAGUGAAAGGGCUGGUAAAUUCUGGCUUGUCAAAGAUUCCAACGAUUUUCAUCGACGAACAGUACAAGCUUGAGAGAAACAACGUCCAUAACCAGAAACCUGGAAGCCCCACCAACAAUGACGGAAUCCCAAUCAUAGACUUGACCGUCGUCGACGAUGAUCCAAAUUUACGUCGCGAAAUAGUAAAGAACGUUGGAGAAGCUUGCGAGAAAUCCGGUUUCUUUCAAGUUAUCAACCAUGGGAUUCCGUUGGCGACUACAGAUGAAAUGAUAAAUGGGGUUGUCAGGUUUUAUGAACAGGAUGACGAAGCUAAGAAAGAGAUUUAUUCUCGAGAUUACUCCAAGAAAGUGUAUUAUGACAGUAACAUCGAUCUUUACAAGGCGGAAGCAACCAGUUGGAGGGAUACUUUGUGUUGUGUUAUGGCACCUCGCCACACUCUUCCUCAAGAACUGCCCUGCGGUUUGCAGAGAUAUAAUGAUAGAAUAUUCAAGCAAAAUGAUGAAAUUAGGGCAGACUUUGUUAGAAUUGAUGUCGGAAGCUUUGGGUCUGAAUAAGAGUUAUUUGGAAGAUAUUGGGUGCGGUGAAGGAAUGCUUGUGAAAUGCUAUUACUAUCUACCGUGUCCCGAACCGGACUUGACAUUGGGCAGCAGCAGUCACACCGAUACCAGCUUCUGCACCGUAGUUUUACAAGAUGAAAUCGGCGGACUUCAAAUCCUCUAUCAAACCGGCUUGAUGUUAAUCCUGUCCGUGGGGCUUGUAAAUUUGGACGAUAUGAUGCAGGCAAGCCCACCUUAACUUUAACCCUAAUAUCAUAAUUUAGGUAUUUAUUGCAAUAUACAUAUUAUAUUAUAAAGUCUAA